CACCACCUGGAACACAAGACGGACCGCGGCGUUAAGUUUCAGUAGAAACACACAGCACAGGAGACAACAUAAAGAUGACAGUCAUCUACCCACACUCACCCUUAGCCCCGCCUCGAUAUUGAACACACUCAUCUGAGAGAUGGAUUCCCGCUUCAUCUGCACCCUCUUGCUUCCUUUGCUUGUGUUCACUCAGGCAGAGCAGGUGGCAUUUACUGACUGUGGCUCAGUUUCUGGAAAAGUGGUCGAGGUUGACAUUCAGCCCUGCCCAAAUCAGCCAUGCCAGCUUCACAAAGGACAGAGCUAUUCUGUGAAUGUGACAUUCAGCAGUGUGGUUGAGAGUCAGACCAGCAAAGCUGUGGUUCAUGGAGUGAUCUUUGAUAUCCCUGUUCCUCUCUCCAUCCCUACUGAUGAUGGCUGCAAGUCUGCAAUCCAGUGCCCCAUUCAGAAGCAGAAAGUAUAUAGUUAUGUCAGUGAGCUUCUUGUCAAGACAGAGUACCCCUCAAUAAAAGUGGCUGUCUUAUGGGAACUGAAAGACGAGUCUUGGAACAAUUUGUUUUGCAUCGAGCUUCUUGUUCGGAUCCUGAGCUGAGGGUCAACUCAUCUGACACGGAUGCCAACAGAACUGCUUCAAAAGGGAAAUCGUUACUUACAAUAACAAGUUCUUCUUGCAUUUUUCCAUGAACCCCCCUUUUAGAAUAUUGACUUAGUUACAUGUUCUGUGCUUUCAUCUUUUUUCUUAUCAACUGUCUUUUCCUGUCAUUUUAAAUGUUGAUGAGACAUUUUCUCUAAAUUACUGUAAACAUUAUUUAGGACAGUCUUAUUAAAAAGGGUAUCAGUGAUCAUCUGAGUGAGAUACUUUGAAUAAAAAUAAUGUUGUGAGUGUCCAGUCUUAAUUAUAACACAAUGUAAUAUUUACCUCUAUUUCUUGGAUGCUGUGUGGCCAAACAGUGGUAAUCUAAAUUUUCUAACCAAAAGUGUCUAAUUUUUUUAUGAACACAUCAAGAUUUACAUUUGAUUUUAAAACACCCAAAAUAUUUAGCAUUGUAUCAUAUAUGCGUGUGUGUAUGUGUAGCUCCAUUCUGUGAUCUUAAAUGCUUUGUUUUGUAAAUGUAGUGAUUAAAGAUAAAUGGUCGCCUUUGGCCAACUGGAGAGUAAAAGCAUAAGGCAUGUAUUAUGUGUUAUUGGUUCCAUUGGCACAGAACUGUGUUGUACUUUAGAUCAGGGAUUCUCAAAGGCCCACCUGUGUAUACUUACAAAGCUGA